CACAAUUAGAGAUGCUCUUAUUUUUUAAAAAUAAGUCAUUUCCGGUUGUGUGCUGUGCCGCUGCUAGCUUGACGCGGCCGUUGAGUAUGAGUGGAGACACAGCGCUGUUGUUGCACUCUGAGCUCGUGUCAGCCGAAGUGCAGCAGUAAACUGACGUUACCCACCGUCUGCCUGUCUCCACUGUCACCAUGAAGACUGCAGUUGUGUUCGCUUUUUUAGCCUGCCUGGCUGUCUCAGCACUAUCAUUGACAGAAGAUGAAAAAAGGCCCAGACCUUCUGCAACCGUGUCCCCCGCCAGUGAGUUCAGCACCAAUGAAAUACCAACCACCAAGCCUACAACCACCACACCUACAACCACCAAGCCUACAACCACCACACCUACAACCACCAAGCCUACAACCACCAAGCCUACAACCACAACACCUACAACCACCAAGCCUACAACCACCACACCUACAACCACCAAGCCUACAACCACCACACCCACAACCACCAAGCCUACAACCACCACACCUACAACCACCAAGCCUACAACCACCAAGCCUACAACCACCAAGCCUACAACCACCAAGCCUACAACCACCACACCUACAACUCCUCCUCAACCUACUCCCCCCACCAACCUGACUGUAGGAAACUACACCGUGAAGGCAAACCAAACAGCGGUGUGUGUGAUGGCUCAAAUGGCACUGCAGAUCCGACUGGCAACACCAAAGGCCAAUGGAACCUUCAUUGUUCAACCAAAGUCUACCCAUGCAGUAGGAAGUUGUGUGGCAACCAAGGCCAACCUUACCCUUGAGUUCCCACAGGGCUUCAUCACUUUCAUGUUCAACAAGAGCACUGACAAAAAUACCGUCUACGUUGAUGCUGUGUCUUUCAGCCUCAACUACCCCUUAGACAAAAAAGCUGCAAACGGACUCCCGUACACUGCCAACAACAAGUCAAUGAAUCUCUUCGCUGCAAAGAUCGGACACUCCUACUCCUGCAAGAGUGAAUCAGUCUACAUGGGGGACGGACUGUACCUGGAUGUCGAUCAAGACCGGAUGCAAGCCUUCAGUUUGAACAAGAACGAGUUUGGCAAACCUGACUCCUGUCCAGCUGACCAGCCUGACUACCGCGUUGCCAUUGCGGUGGGAGUGACGUUGCUGGUGCUCAUCAUCAUCGUGGUGGUGGCCUACCUUCUGGGCCGCAGGAAGAGGGCCGAUGGCUACCAGUCCCUGUGAGGGACGCCGGGCACACUUCAGUCAGAGGUUACUCCUAUUACAAACAGUGAGGCUGUGAUCUCAGGGGCUAAGGGGCAUUCCCGUUAAAGCCUAACGUGCCAUUUUUUCUGUUCUUUCAUGAUUUGGUGCACCCAAUUUACUGUUAUUAACAGUGUCCAAACUAGGGGUCCCGGGGAGGCCAGAGUGUGCUACUGGAAUAAUUGUAGUCCUUAAAAGUGUUUGACAGUAAUGAAAUAAUAAAUUGAUCAAUUUAAAUGCUAUAAUAUAAACUGAUUAAUCAAAUUACAAUUCAAACACUUACAUUGAUAAAGUCAAAGUAAAAAAUAAAUAGAUAUUUAGACCUGCCAAUUAAUUCCUCUAUUCUGUCUUUAAUGCUCAAUACAACAUUGAAUUUAAGACGAAGUCACAAAAUACGUUUUAAAAGGCAUUUAGACUUAUCUUUUAGUUCAUCACAUUCCCUUUCACAAUUCAUCUGUUUCCUUUUUGAAACAUUUAGAGUUGUGAACGAUUCGAUUGAACAACUCUUGUUUCUUUCAUUUAAAGAUGCGUAAACAUUGUGUCACCUAUAAGUUCGAUCUAAAGUCAGCUUCUUGUUUGGUGGGACUGUGGAUCUUACUUUAGGUGACGCACUCCUUAAACAGCUUUAAAUUAAAUGAACAGAGUGAAACUUUACAUUAAAUUGUGUGUUGGACUGUGAUGCAGACAUGUAAGCAAAUGGAAUAACAUUUUAAAUGUAAAAACCAUACAAUUUAAUUUGUUAUUUCAUUUUAAAAAUUAAGAAAACGAAAGUAUAAGAAAAUAUAAUAAAUAAUUGCCAGAAAAAAUAAUAUAUAAUUAACUUGGAGUUUAAUAAUUCAUUACCUUAAUGCAAAUGAAUGAAUAAUGAAUCAAUUUGCCUUGUAUUAAUAUUCCUGUAGCACUUUCUAGACACCAUACCCUUUUUUAGAUUUUCCAUGCCAUUCCAUUCCAUGCCAAUCCUUACAUGUGAGGAGAGUUUUACACAAAGACUUUGACCCCUGACUUGUAUUUUUUAUCAAACUGGACCAGCCUCUGAAAUAGCAUUUGUAUUUGGGACACUAAAAAUAACAAUGUUAAUAAUUACACAUCUAUAAACUGACAUCUUCGUAACUACUUAAAGUAAACAAAACUGACCAAAUUGUCUCGUUAGAAUCCGUUUGGGUUAUUUCUUCCAUUGACAACGAGAGUGUCAGUGGUCAAUACUUAUAAUGAUAAUGAUUCCAUAUUAAAUUCUUGGCUCCUUUUUUUCAUCUAGCGCCACGUUAUACUCUCCCUCAGCAGUACAAGCGGGAAGUAAGUCAGAUUUUAUCAUGUGCUCUUUGAUCUAAAUUGUAUUCAGCUUGUCUCAGCAAAUACACAACAAAGUACAUUUUAACGAUUAUGUGUAAAUGUUUUGUUAUUCCAUUUUUUUUAAGAAUCAAAUAUUAUGUCUUCUGUCUUAUAGCGAUUUUGUAUUUUUAGUUUUAAAAAGAAGGGAAGUUAUCCAAUCAGUUACAGGUGAUUGUACUGUGUAUGUUUGCAUUAUUAUUCUACACAAAGGGAAAAUCGUAGGGGUGUGUAUCGAAGAUUGUUAAAACAUAUAGUCCACCUUGAGUGCAUUGAUUUGUGUCCCAACUUGAUUGCCUUUGUCUUUUUCAUACAAUAUGUAGAUGAUGCUGUGUUUUCAUAGAAAUGUAGGGAUGGACCGUCAAUGUUGGUCAGUAGGGAGUCUGGUCGGAUCCUGAUUAGAUUUUUUUUUAAAUGAGUCACAACAAUUAAUGAAACAUCUCAGGAGUCCAUCUCUCCUCCCUCGCCAAGUCAACUCUCACACACCAUACUGCCUUGAAGGAUAAGUUUAAUAUUUUGGGAAAUACGCUUAUAUAUUGUAUAGCGGAAAGGAAAUAAGCAUAUUUCCCAUAAUGUCGAACUGGUCCUGUAAAUAUUGGUUGAAUAAGUGGGCGUAACACAGAAACAUCAGUCUGUUGAAAUCCCACUAAAAUGGUAACCUGAUGGUGGCAGUUUCCAAGGUCUAGAAUAAAUAUUGAAUAGAAAGUUAUUAAACCAAAAUGGCAGAAUUGCAAUUUGAGUACACAAGUAAAAUAAAAUAUAUAGGAUCCCCAGAUCCUAGCUUUGUGUUGAAGGGUCAGUUAGCCCACAUUUUAAAGAGACAUAUUUUAUCUUUAUCAUCACUUUUAUGUGUAGGUUUUGAUUUUUUUUUUAAAGUUUUCAUAACUUCUGCCGCCACUUUUAUAAAAUUAUGGUGAAUAGUGCUUUUCAAAGCAUUGAAAAAUAACAUGUGAAAAAUAAACAGUGGCUCGUAUUUCCAGAAUCCAUGACCCGGUCCUCCUGUGUAAUCCACAGAUGUAGCUUUCAGUGCACCUUCGUAGUUUUGGGGUGGAAGCAGAAAUUUUAGAGACAGAAAUGUCAAAACCUGGACAAAAAACAAAAAAAAUAUGUAUGGUCAGAUACCACUAGAGGUAAAUGUGAUUUAUGUCUGGUUUGUUUGUGUGAAAUGAACCUUUUAAGUGUUUUAAGAAGUAGGCUAGACAUAUUUUAAAUAAUACUCGGUGUGCUUGUGUUGCAAUGAAAUUUUGCAUGGCGGGUGGGGUCGGAUGUCUGGAUGGGAUGUUAGUGAUUCAAGUCUUUCUCUGUAUAAAUGUCCUUCAGUGAGUGUCAGCUUUUGAGGUACUUGUAGAAUUGAAGAGUUAGAUUUAAGACGUGCUGCUCACUGCUGUACUUCCAGAUUUUAUCCAUCAGGUGAUGUUCUGAAGUUAGGAAGUGAACAGAAAUAAGGGACCUUGCUGUAUGCAUGUACCUGUUGUUGACUUCCUGUGCCAAUAAAGACAGACAUAUUUCUAAGUGUGUGUGUGUGUGUGUGUGUGUGUGUGUGUGUGUGUGUGUGUGUGUGUGUGUGAGCGACAUCUACCGCUUCAACAGCAGGUGUGUGGUCUUAAUAAAAUAUUUUUCUCAAGUGAUUUACGGUACUUUACCGUCAUGAAUAGCAGAAAUCAAGUAAGUCAUUGGACAUUUAUUAAGCAUUUUCA